AUGGCUGGUGACCAGUCUUCAGACCCACUGGAAGAGCUGAGACAGCAGUGUUUGGCAAGAGGAGCAGCUGGUAUUAAAGGACUGGGAAGGACCUUCCGUAUCAUGGACGAUGAUGGCAGUAAGUCUCUGGAUUUUCAGGAAUUUCAGAAGGGGUUGGAAACUUAUGGUGUGUCCAUGAGCAAGGACAAGAUUCUGAAGAUUUUUGGGAUGCUGGACAGAGACGGCAGCGGCACCAUAGAUUUCAAUGAGUUUUUGGAGAGCCUGAGGCCUCCAAUGUCCAACGUGAGGAAGCAGGUGAUAUCGCAGGCCUUUAAGAAACUGGACAGGACCGGCGAUCAUGUGGUGACCGUGGAGGACCUGCGGGGGAUCUAUAACUGUCAACAUCAUCCAAAAUUUAAGAGUGGAGAGUGGAGUGAGGAACAAGUGUUCCGUUCCUUCCUGGAUAAUUUUGACUCCCCGUAUGAGAAAGAUGGCAAGGUGACUCUGGAGGAGUUUGUGAACUACUACAGUGGAGUCAGUGCCUCUAUUGACAGUGAUGACUACUUUGUCACCAUGAUACAAAAUGCUUGGAAGCUGUAG